CGAGAGGCUGUGCCCCUGAGGCAGGAAAUUAGAGCUACCAGUCACUUUCCUAUAGGGAGCAGUUGACUAGAUCCCAAACCAAAUUCUUAAAAGGGCAACACCCGACUGCCAACGAGAUGUGGGGUCAGUUGUAAGCUCGGGGAUUCUGAAACUUCCGGGCUGCUGAGCGGCGCCUCUCGGAGCGCAGCAGGUGGGAACCGCUCGCUAAGCCCCACGGGAGGGGGCGCCUAGGGCUGUGGGCCGUGGCCCUUUUAAGAGCGACGUCCCUGGCGCGGGUCAGAACAGCGAAGGUCGGAGCGUUCUCGGGGCUGUGGAGGCUCGAGGGUGCUUGGUAGGCGACAUGCAGGCGGGCCGCUGGCUGGUCCCGGGGCUGUCCCUGGCCCUUGGGGCCGGGUUGGGGGCGGGGGCCGUGGCCUGGCUGAACAAGAAAGCCAGCCCGGGAGUAGGAGGGCUCUGGAGCCGGCUCCCCGUGCUGCCGGUGGCGGCAGCGGCGGCGGGGCCCGUGGUGCCCGCGGGGAGCCCGGGCGAGCUCGCCAAGUACGGGCUGCCGGGGCUGGCGCAGCUCAAGAGCCGCGAGUCCUAUGUGCUGUGCUACGAUCCGCGCAGCCGGAGCGCCCUGUGGGUCAUCGAGCAGCUGAAGCCCGAGCGCCUGCGGGGCCCCGGCGACCGCCAGACCUGCGGCUUCCAGGAGGACGACUCGGUGCACAUCUACCAUCGGGCCACCAAUGCCGACUACCGGGGCAGCGGCUUCGACCGCGGCCACCUGGCAGCCGCCGCCAACCACCGGUGGAGCCAAAAGGCCAUGGAUGACACUUUCUACCUGAGCAACGUGGCGCCGCAGGUCCCCCACCUAAACCAGAACGCCUGGAACAAUUUGGAAAAGUAUUGCAGAAGCUUGACCAAAACCUAUCACAACGUCUAUGUCUGCACUGGUCCUCUCUUCCUACCUAGGAGGGAAGCUGAUGGGAAGAUGUAUGUGAAGUACCAAGUGAUUGGCAAGAACAAUGUAGCAGUGCCCACCCACUUUUUCAAGGUGUUGAUCCUGGAGGCUCCUGGGGGACAGAUUGAGCUCCGUUCUUACGUGAUGCCCAAUGCACCUGUGGAUGAGAAUAUACCACUGGAACGCUUUCUGGUUCCCAUUGAAAACAUUGAGCGGGCCUCUGGGUUGCUCUUUGUGCCCAACAUUCUCACAAGGACAGGCAACCUGAAGGCCAUAGCCCCUGGGGCUAAGUGAAGGCAUUGAAGGGCAGGGCAAAGGGACCUGGAGAGGGAUGGAACAAGGGGCAUCUCAGUGCAGUGAAUAGAGUAUUGGACAGGUCAAUGUGGUUUUGAGUCCUAUCUCUGCUGCUUAUCACCUGUAUGACUUUGAGCAAGUCAUUUCCUCAAUGGGUAAAGUGCGGGAAUUUCUAGGGCUGGUGGAUACCUGAACCUUCCCUAUUUAUUCCUGGGCAUCUUGGGGGCAGGGAGGGGGUUACCCUCUUGGCUAGAAGUCUGCCCCUAUCCUUGAGUACCUAGGCUUGUCCUUGGUCCUGACUGGGGGGGGGGGGAGGGGGACAGAUCAGACUAGGGCUUUUCAACUCUAUUGGGGGAGGUCUGUCUUCCUUAGAAUGGUUUUAGGAGGUUCUCAGGCACCUAAUAUGGUGGGGGAAGCGACACUACCUGUGACUUGUAUUUUGUUGAACCUACCUUUAAUAGGCUAGAGGAGGCACUCCUCAGACCCCUUCAUCUUUGUAAUAAAGAAAGGGUUUGCUGCUGCUACUUGGUUAUGAUCUGCGACCCACUGGACAUGGAGGGUGGGCAACUAGAUACAGUUAAGUAGGAACGGAUCAGAAAAUCCCAAAGAUUCUACAGCUUGGUAGUCAGCCAGUGCCAUUGGGCACAUUUAUCACACCCAUUCCCACUGCCCAAGACCUGCAGUUCUUUUGGCAAAAUUAUUUUGUUUCUUUGGGCUUCAUUUUCCCAUCUGAAAUGAAGGGGUUGGUAAGACAUGAAAAAGAAAUACAAAAAAUUUUACCAUGUUCAAGCAGGCAUUGUGGUAAAAAUUAUAUUUCUCAAACUAAUCUAUGGCUUCAAGCAAUAUACCAGAUUACUAAGAGGAUAUUUUACAUAGUAAGACAGAAUAACAACAUUUAUGUGGGGGCUAUUAGCAAGGGGUUAGUUUAUCAUUGUUACACCAUAUGCUGCAAUACCAAGUCAGUAAAUUGGAUAGAAAAAAAAAAGUUGCUAGUAUUAACAAUUUAGAGGAGAAGGAAGAGUAAUCUUCCUAACUCUUAAUAGGGGAUGAAUUUGUAGCCAUUUGUGAUGCAGAUAAUGUUAUAAAAGAUCAAUAGACUGCUUUGAUUACUUGAAGAGCAUUUGUAGAGUUUGUAAAAGUCUGAAAUGUAAAAUCUACUAAGAACUUCAGUAUGAUCAAAAGUCAUAAUAUAAUAGAUAAAUUAUUUCCCUUUUUCAAACCAUUCCCAGAAUUCUCAAACCAUUCCCAGAAUAAUUUUUGGGAACCCUCCAGACCCAGUUCAUUAGCCUUGAAGAAUACUAUCCCCAGUAUUUUAUAGAGAUACCUCACCCCUCCGGAAUUUGAUUGUAUAAAGCCUGAAAGAGCACUGAAUACUUAGAGCCAGCUACCGUUUGUUUGAAGAAUUCCAGAAUAAGAUGUGUUUGGGAUUGGUGAAUAAUCAGGCCCAGGAUGAUAAAUAUUAAGUCUCUUGUAAGAGGCAGUUCAAACUUCUGCUUGAACACUUCCAGUGAAGAGGGGCUUGCUACAGUAUGACAAGUAGUUUUCCUAUUUUUAAAUAAAAAAGGUUGUACAUGA